AUGCACAAACCCAUGGAGAAGUCCCAAAAGUUCCGCAUCGAGGCGCUCCUGGCUGGAGAGCCGGCGCGGAGUGCCUCCCCGCCGGGGCUGAGUCCCGGGAGCCCCGCGGCCAGCCCCGGCCCCUCCGGCCGCUCCGACACCCCCUCGCCACGGGCGCCGACGGCCGCCGCGCCCCUGGCCCCGGCCGGCUUCAUCCCCAAGCCCGGCUUGCUGCACCUCCCGGGGCCCGGGCUCGGCGCACUGCCUGCCCUCUACCCGCCCGCCGUGUACCCGCUCCCGGCUCUGGGGGGUCAGCACCCCGCUUUUGCCUACACUGGCAUCCCCCACUUGCCGCCGCCCGGCGCGGAGCACCUGAAGGCGGCCGUGGCCGGCUCGUUCCCGUUGGAGCACUGGAUUCGAGCCGGGAUGCUGGUGCCGAGGCUCUCCGACUUCCACGCCACUCCGCAGUCUGGCUUGAUGGGGAAGUGCCGCCGGCCCCGUACAGCCUUCACCAGCCAGCAGCUCCUGGAGCUGGAGAACCAGUUCAAGCUCAACAAGUACUUGUCCAGACCCAAGCGCUUUGAGGUGGCCACGUCGCUGAUGCUCACAGAGACACAGGUGAAGAUCUGGUUCCAGAACCGCCGCAUGAAAUGGAAGAGGAGCCGCAAAGCCAAGGAGCAGGGGGCUCAAGCAGAGGCUGAGAAGCAACGAGGGCUCAGCAAAGCCUGCGAGAAACUGCUGCCCGGAGAGCCACAGGGACAAGCUGCCGAAAGCCCCGAGUUCCUGGGGUGCAGCCCUGGCUCGGGCUUCCUGCACCGCAGCACUGCCGAGCUGAGCUACGGCCCGGACUCCUCCUGCUCGGGGGGAGAGGAGGAAGAGGAAGAGGAGGAGGACGAGAUGAGUGCCACUGAGAGGAAGAUCGGUUCAGUGUUGUGA